AUGCCUCACCUUCUGGACAGCAUAUGCACCAUCAUUGGGGUCUUCUACAAAUAUGCCCAACAGUAUGGGGACUGCUCCACCUUGAACAGGAGGGAGAUGAAGAAGCUCAUCCAGAAGGAGUUUGCUGAGGUCAUCAAGAACCCCAGCGACCCCGAGACAGUCAAGCUGACCUUCCAGCUGCUGGAUAUCAAUGGGGAUAGCUUGGUGGACUUCAACGAGUACCUUCUCCUCAUCUUCAAAGUGGCCAAGGCUUGCUAUAGUCACCUGCAGCCCAGAGAAUGCCUCAUUCCAAAGGGAGAAACCAGCCGAGGUCCACGUGAAGGGGAACGAUGGAAGGAUGGACAGGACCGUCACCAGCUACAGGAGGAUGAAAGAGAAGGAAACUAUGUCCGUGAGAGACAAGAUUCUGACCGUGCUCAUCUUCGCCAGACAGAAGCUAGCACAAGAGGGGAGGAAAGGAGAGAUUACCUUCCAUGGAAGCCUGUAGCCCAAGAGGGUGAGAGGAACUGGCAAGCUCACCAUCAGAAGUUGAGGGAUGAUCGUGGGAGAGACCAUCCCUCCCGUGGGCCUCAGGAAUGGGAAAAUGUGUAUGAGGGCCGACCACGUGAAUUUGAAAUGCAGGGAGAGGUGGAGUCUCAGUGGCAUGCCCAUGAGCAUGACCCACAAAGGGAUGAAGCAGGCCGUCAUCAGCUAAGACAAAGGGAACCAGAAGGGGGCCGCCAGCACCAGCCACGAGAGAAUGUGUCAAGAGAUUACCAUGAAAGACGUCUGCCACGUGAGCCUCUGCCACGGGAAGGGGAUGAAAGAGAGCAAUAUUCCCAAGAGGCCACAGAAAGAGGCAAAAAUGAGAGGCAACAUCAGCUACAAGAGUCUGAGAGGCAAGCGGAGGAGGACCUGACCAGGCCACGUGAGUUUGGACCAUGGGUGGGCGAAGAAAGCUGUCGCCAUCCACGUGCAGCACAGAAAAUCAGAUCCAAUUAUGGAAGAUGUCGCCCAUCCCAUGAAUCCCAAGAACGGGAAGGUGGAAGGAGGGAGGAUUACCCACGAGAACGGGAAACGGAAGAUGAGGCGAGGUCCCGUGAUCUUGACUGGCGUGUGGCUGAUGAGCACUGGGAUCAAAGACGUGGCCGUGAACCAGUAGAUUCUUAUGAUGACUUUGGCCCAUUGCCCAGAGAAGGAGAAAGACGAUCUCGGUCCCAUGAUCUGGAACGUAAGCAGAGAAGGUCGGAGACACGUGAGCCCGAACGCAGAGAGAGAUCCUGGGCUAGUGAUCCUGAACACCGAGCAGUUGAGUGGACAAGACAGAAUCAAUAUGCACCUCAGUCUAGGGAGGCUGAGCAGCAUGAGCCUGAAGUAAGAGAAGCUGAAAGGAGGAGGCAGACCCAGUCUGUGGAUCAAGACGAGUGGACCAGACCUCGUACACGUGAGCCGACCACAAGAGUGGAAGUGGAGGACCAGCGGUGGUCACGUGAACCAGAACGCAGACAGCGAGAGCAGAGUGGUCUCUGUCCCUACAAGCCUGAACCCACAGACUGUGAGAGGAGAAGGCCCCGAUCCCAUGAGGGAGAUAGGAGAAGGUCCCAACAACAUGCACAAACACCAAAUGAAGAAGACUGCAGAAGGCAGCCAUGCCGUCAAGAUGAAGCCCAAGAGGAAGAGAAUCAAAGGAGAAGACCCAUGCCUGCUGAGCUUGCAUCCAGUGACCGGGAGUCCCGCAGGCCUCAAGCACGUGAGCAAGAACCAAGAGAGGAUGGUCAGAGGCAGCAGCAAUAUUAUGACACUGAGCCUGUGGAAAGAGAUGGUGAACGGAGAAGACCUGAUGCCCGUGGACCAGCUCAGAGAGAGGGGAGCCGAGGAAGACAGCAGUAUGCCAGAUCUGAGAUCCUAGAAAGAGAUGGUGAAAGGAGAAGAUGCCAGCCACGUGACUCUGAAGGUGAGAGAAGACAUCAACAGACUGGCUUCAGAGAUGACGAGUGGGAGAGGCCCCAGUCAAGAGAGCCCCGUACCAGACCCAGGGAGCAAGAUGCAUGCUAUCCAUCCAAGGGUGGCCUGAUUGAUUGCGAUCAGAACAGGCAACGGACAUACAAGUCCAAACCCUGGGAAGGUGAGAGGAGAACGCAUAGGCUAGGUGAUCCUGAACAUGAGGAUUAUGAGGAGAGAAGUCAGAUGUAUUGUGAACCUGGAGUUAGACGGCAUGAACGGAGCAGACCCCUGCAGAGGCAAACCCAGUCACCCAACACCGAUCUGAUAGAUGUUGAUGAGAGACAGACCCAGACUUGGGAGAUUGAUCCAAGAGAUGGAGAACAGCAGAGGCGUUCCCAGUUCCGUGACACUGAAGAAAGUGACAGCAAGAGAAGCUGGACCUUAAUACAUGACAGUGAGGCCAGGGAUGGCGAUCAGAGGAGAGACCGGUUGUGUGACAUUGACCAACAGGAUGACGAGCAGGAAAGAAGAACCCACUUUCAUGACGCCGAUGUCAGAGAUGUUGACCAGAGGAGAAGAGGGACUGACCCAAGAAUGGGUGAACAGCGGAGGCGGGUCCCAUCACGGGACAUUGAUGCUGCAGAUAUUGACCAAAGGCAAACCCAGAUGAGUGAUUUUGACCCAAGAGAUGAUGAAACUCAGAGGAGAGCACAAGAAUGUGACAUUGGUGUUAGAGAUGUCGUCCAGGGGAGAACCCAUUCACGUGAUGGGGAGCCAGGAGACCGUGAACAGCAGAGGCCUACCCAGUCGUGUGCCAUUCAGCCAAUAGAGGUUGGCCAGAGGCAAGCCCAGUCACUUGAGGUUGGUCCAAGAGAUGGUGAACAGCGAAGGCGAAACCCAUCACAGGACACUGAGCAGAGGCAAACUCAAAGGCAUGACGUUGACCGAAGAGGUAAUGAACAGCAGAGGGGAACCCCAUCAUGUGACAUUGAUGCUGGAGACAUUGACCAAAGGCGAUCCCAGUCACAUGAUGUUGAACCAAGAGACAAUGAACAGCAAAGGAGAGCCCCAUCCUGUGGCACUGAUGCAAGAGACAGUGACCGGAGGCAAACCCAGAGGUAUGAUGUUGACCAAAGAUAUGAUCAACGGCAAAGGAGAGCUCUGUCCCAUGUCCUUGAUGCUGGAGAUGCGGACCAAAGGCAAUCCCAGUCCCAUGAUGUUGAACCAAGAGACUAUGAGCAACAAAGGAGAACCCAGUCACACAACACUGUUGCAAGGGACGGUGGCCAGAGGCCAGCGCUGACACGUGAUGUUGACCGAAGAGAUGGUGAACAGCACCAGAGAACCCCAUCUUGGGAAACUGAUGCCAGAAAUGCUGACCGGCAGCGAACCGUGUCUCAUGAGGUUGACCCGAGAGGCAGCGAACAGGAGAGAUCAACGCAGUCACGUGACACUGAACAAAGAGACAGUCAGCAGAACCGAACCCAGUCACAGCAAAGGGAUGCAUCAGAUGGUGAGCAAAGAAGAACCCAUUCAGGGGACACUGACCCGAGGGAUGGUGAACAGCGGGGGAGAACACCAUCUCAGGACACAGAUGUCACUCAGAGGCAGAGGCAGACACAUGGCAUUGAUCCAAGAGAAGCGGAAGAGCAGAUGAGAACACAGUCAUGUGAAACUGUCACUACAGAUGUUGACCGGCAACAAACCAAGGCGCUUGAGGCUGACCCAAACGAUUGUGAGCAGCAGAGGCAAACCCAGAGAUGGGCACAUGAGGCUGACCCAAGAGACAGUGAACAGCAGAGACCGACCCAGUCAUGUGACCCCAAGCGAAGAGAUGUUGACCAGGUGACAGCCCAGGACGCAGCCCAGGAACCUGAACCCAAGGAUGACAUUCAGAGGAGACAAGGGGAGCCGGAAACCCAAGCGGCUCAAUCAAGUUGUGCCCAACCGCUCAAGCCUCUGCAGCAAGAAGGUGAGGGGAGCAGAGCCCACUCACAUGAAGCUGCACCCAUGACUGACACACCCAGAAGGCCACAGCGACAGGAACUGAAACCUGCAGAGGGUGCACUUGAAGGGCAGGGGGUGGCUGAGUCUGCAGACGCUCAGCAAAGUCAGGUCAGACGGGAGAGAGCCCAACCACGUGAGCCUCAACGGAGUGAGAGGGAGCAGGGCAGAGCACGCCCACGUGGGCCGGAGCUGAGACAGGCCACAAGAGGGAGCCAGUGCCCGAGGGGCCCGGAACGGAGCGGGACUGAGAGGAAUCUGCCGCAGCUGCAUCAUCAUGGGCCUCAAGAAGGGGACUCAAGGAGACAACAGCGGCAAGACCCUGGAUCCCCUGCUGGCAAGGCGACCACCUCUCAGCCUUGUGAGCCACAAGCCACAGAGGGCCAGCGAGGCAAGCCCCAAGGGCGUGAGCCCAACCCAGAACCUAAAGUCAAGGGCAAACCUGACGCCCCUGAUAAGAGAGAUGGAGCUCAGGUGCAACAGCCUGGGGCACCUGAACAACGGCAGCCACCAGUCCUGGGUGCAUCUCAUGAAGGAGAUGGUGGCUGGCCUGCGUCGACGGAACCACCGUCGGAGGAGGGCAGUGACAGAAGCAGCCCACAAGCUCGAGAAGCCCAGCCACCGUUGGAGGAAGAGGGCCAGCCUGGUGAAGGAAGGGCUGAGAGUGAGAGCAAGCCUGAAUCGAGUGCGACUGAUGCCUCCCAAGAGAAGCCAGGUUUUCUAUGUGACAAAAUGCCCCUUGUUUGCAACCCACUGUAUCAAUAUCUCCUGGCCCAGAAGAAGCAAGAGCAGCAUUAG